CAAGUAUCAGUCAGUCAGCAGCACUCAGCCAGUAGUCUCCAGCUCACUCCUCGGCUCAUCUUAUACACUGAAUUACCAUGGCAGCCAACGCACUCGCUCCUUUCAUGUACCAGCUGCAGGAAAGUCUCAACAAUUUCGACCUGAAGCAGUGGGUGGGUCAGCUGGAUAUUAAGACAGGUAGUCUCCUGGUGGUGGUGGUGGUUGGCAUUCUCUUCCUCAUCAACCUCUUCGCCAAACCAUUCAUUCCCUUCGGCAGGAGUCUCUUGUCCUCUGCCGCCGACGCCUGGGACAGCAGGGAUCUGGGUCUUGCUAACACUCUCCGUGGAAGUCGCUCACUUGAACCUUUGACAAAUGUGUUGGACGCCCUGGCGAAGGCGGUGAAGAAGUGGGAGGAACCUGAAGACAGCGUCGUCAGGAACCGAGCACUCUAGUAGCUUAUUGCAGGUCUUCAAUGUUCUGACCAAAGCCAUGACGAGUGAGCCCAGAGGCAACUCUAUUAGUGUGAUGAAGACGGGUCUUGUGGAAGGUGUAAGUGUUGGGCGAGAUAGAAUACAAACUCCAUAAGUCGCAGCUCUCAGCAUGUGUUGAAUACUGGUGUUCACGUGUAUUGAAACACAACAUCUUCUUAAACAAAUGUUCUUAA